CACCCAUACUCUUCCUACACAGAGGCAGUCUGUUUCCUCUCCACUGACCAGAGGCACUCUCUAAAUUGGAUAAAGAGUCAGCAGAGCCUGGUAGGCAGCACCACUGAGCUGCUGGGACAUCCAGGCUGCAGCUCCUGCUUUGAGAAGUCACUACUGAGCCUCUGCAUCAUGAAUACUGUGUCAGAAGCAAAUGGCACUUUUGCCAUCCAGCUUUUGAAGACGCUCUGUCAAAACAACCCUUCCAAAAAUGUAUGUUAUUCCCCUGUGAGCAUCUCCUCUGCUCUAGCGAUGGUCCUCUUGGGGGCAAAGGGAGAGACUGCAGCCCAGAUAUGUCAGGCACUUGAUUUGAACACCAAAGAAAACAUCCAUCAAGGCUUCCAUUGGCUUCUCAGCAAUCUGAACCAGCCACGCCGAAAGUAUACCCUCAGCAUGGCCAACAGGCUCUUUGCAGAGAACACUUGUGAAGUGCUCUCAACCUUUAAGGAGUCCUGUCUUAAGUUCUAUCAGUCAGAGUUGGAGCGGCUCUCCUUUGCCAAAGAUGCAAAGAAGUCCAGGAAACACAUAAACAUGUGGGUCUCCAAGCAGACUAAAGGCAAAAUUCCGGAGCUGUUGUCAGACAACGCAAUUGAUUCAGGGACCAGGCUGGUUCUUGUCAAUGCCUUAUAUUUCAAAGGAAAGUGGGAUCAACCAUUUAACAAAGAAUUAACCCUUGAAAUGUCCUUUAAAAUAAAUGAGAAGAAGGAAAGGCCAGUGGAGAUGAUGAUGCAUGAAGACAUAUUUAACUUGGCCUAUGUCGAUGAGGUGCAGGCAAAGUUGCUGGAGAUUCCCUAUAAGGGCAUGGAGCUGAGCUUGUUUGUCCUGCUCCCAGAUGACGGUGUGGACCUCAGAAAGGUGGAAAACAAUCUCACUUUUGAGAAGUUGACAGCUUGGACCAGACCAGACUUUAUGGAGAGCCUUAAUGUUGAAGUUUACCUUCCAAAAUUUAAGCUACAAGAGGAUUAUGACAUGGAGUCCGUGUUUCAACAGUUGGGAAUGGCAGAUGUCUUUGAUGGUAACAAGGCUGACUUAUCAGGAAUGUCUCCAGAGAGAGGCCUGUGUGUGUCCAAGCUUGUUCACAAGAGUGUAGUGGAGAUCAGUGAGGAAGGCACAGAGGCUGCAGCAGCAUCCUCUGCCAUAGAAUGUUGCUUUGCCAGUGAGGAUGACUCAAUUUUCUGUGCUGACCGCCCCUUCCUCUUCUUCAUCAGGCACAACAAAACCAACAGCCUCCUCUUCUGUGGCAGGUUCUCAUCUCCAUAAAGGCACAUUUCCUAUGUGGGGAAUAGUACUCUCUUCAGCAUCUCCUCACGUGCUACAGCUCUGUAACCAUGGGCAAAUAGAGGGAAACCAUUUUCCAAGCUGAGGGCAUUUUCCUCCUGUUAGCCUCAUCUUAUGAUGCCCACAUUCAGCCCUCCCUAUCCUGACCUUCAUCGGUGUGCUUUGCCAGGUUAUAUCCAACAAAACCAUAUAGCAUAUGCUGUGCCAUUGAUAGCUCUAUCUGACAGCCAAUAACUUAUAGCCAGUUAGAUGUGGUUUCACUGUGUAAGAGGGCCAUAAUGGAGCUGGAGAGGAGGCUCAGUAGUUAGGAGCAUUUGCUGCUUUACAGAGGACCUAAGGAUACUCCACACCAACCACAUGACUGCUCACAACCUCCUGCAACUCCAGGUUCAUGAACUUGAUGUCCUUUUCGGCUUUACUGGCUCCUGCAUGCACAUGGUACACUUCCCCUCACUCAGAGUCACACACAUAGAAAUAAAUUUAUUUUUUUUAAUGAGUGCUGUAGGUUUAUUAAUGGUUGGAUAAUAACUGCAAUUGUAGUGUUUUUAUUUUAUUGUAAUUAUUCUUGUAACAGUAUCAAUAGUUUAUGGGUAAGCAUCAGUGACAUGCCAUUAUCAUAUCUUCAUCGUGUACCAUCAAUCAGGGACUUUCAAUUCUUCCUUUUCCUGUCUGUUUACCACCAAUCUUCUUUCUGUCUCUGUGGUUUAACCUAUAGAGGACAGUUUAUAUAAAUGGACUCUGCUUUCUUGACAAUAUCCUCUAAUUCACACAGGUUUCUUUGUUCAAUAAAGUUCCCCUUAUUUAAUAUUGCUCUUGACAUAUGGCUUCUAUGUCACAGCUAAGAAUCCCACUGCCAUACUCAAGGUCACAAAUAACUACCUCUAUGUUUUUCUCCAUGGCUUUCAUGGCUUCUAACUUUUAUGUUUGGGUCACUGAUCAAAUUUGAAUUAAAUUUUUAAUUAAUGUA